AUGUCGCUCGCAGCUAGACAGAGCACCGCAGCGGCUUCGCUAUCCGCGAGCCUCUGCCACUCGCAGGACGACUGCGUCGAGCGCGCUUCCGUGAAUCCUGCCGCAUCCGCCCCGGCAUGGCAGAGGCACAACGGGCUGCGAAUGGUAUCGACUGGUGGAGGCGAACGGAGGGUUGCUUCCGCGCAAUCGAAUCAACGGACGCGAUCGCAUAAGCGCGCGCAGGCGCGAGCGGCAGUGUCGACGGCGUUGGAGCAGGCGGCCUCUGCGGGGACCCCGCUGCGGCCGCUGCGAGUGAUGAUCUCGGGCGCGCCUGCGUCGGGCAAGGGCACGCAGUGCGAACUCAUCGUGGCGAAGCAGUACGGGCUGACACACAUCAGUGCGGGCGAUCUGCUGCGCGCGGAGGUGGCGGCGGGCACGGAGGGCGGGCGGCAGGCCAAGACGCACAUGGACGCGGGAAGACUCGUGCCCGAUGACGUGGUCGUCACGAUAGUGAAGAACCGGCUGGCACAGGAGGACGCGCAGAGCAGGGGGUGGCUGCUGGACGGCUAUCCGCGCAGCCUGUCGCAGGCGCAGGCGCUGCUGGCCCUCGACAUCUCCCCCGACGUCUUCAUCCUCCUUGAUGUCAGCCCCCUCCCUGCCCUCGCCACUCCUUCCUGUUCUGUCCCGCCCCACAAUCUGAGCGCCCUGCCCCUUCUGCUUUUACUUGUGCCCGUGCUAGGCGUGUUGGGAGUGUGCCGUGAGCAUGCCCCACUGGAGAGGGUGGAGCGGGCGCCCUCUCCAGCUACACCGCUUCAUUGCCAACCCACAACCCCAUUUCUUCCCCCCUCCUCUCCCCCACUCUCUCUCCUGCCCCUUCCUCUGCUUUGUAACCUUCCGCCACCCCCUCCUCCCUGCAUGUGUGCAUGUGUGCAGGUGCCCCAGGAGAUCCUGGUGGAGCGCGUGGUGGGGCGGCGCCUGGACCCCGCCACCAACCGCAUCUAUCACCUCUCCUUCUCACCGCCCGAAUCCGAGGAGAUCGCCGCCCGCCUCACCCAGCGCAGCGACGACACCGAGGAGAAGGUGAAGGCGCGGCUGGAGACGCACAACGCCAACGUGGCCAGCGUGCUCGAUGUCUACGCCGGCAAGCUCGUGCAGGUGAACGGGCAUCGGGGCAAGGAGGAGGUGUUUGGCGACAUUGACUCCAUCCUCACCCGCCUGCAACAAGGCCAGCUCUCCUUUGACUAG